CCGGGACUACGCAGUCUGACUUUGUUUCUUUUUACAGAGAGACGGAAUUAGAAAACUUCUCGUGCUAUUACGACGUUAAUUGCUAGAAUACUUAAUUGAACUUGGUGGGAGGAGAAUGAAAAGAUGGCCAAACUGGUCAUGCAACGUGCAUUCGUCACUCUCAACACGAAAGGGUUGGUGAGAUGGAUGUCGGCCCCUUCUGCCUCCAAGGCUCCUGCCGCGACGGGAGGUGUGGGUGUGACGGAAGCAUGUGCAAAACGACUCGAGGAAAUUGUGGGGUCCGAAUCAGGUGACAAGUCCAAAAAGUUUCUGCGAGUGUCCGUCGAAGGCGGAGGCUGCUCGGGGUUCCAGUACAAGUUUCUUAUCGACGACCAGUUAGGACCCGAGGACAAAAGUUUUGGGCAUCCUCAGUACUCUAAUGCUCGUGUAGUUGUGGACUCGAGUAGUCUCGAGUACUUGGAAGGGGCCACGGUGGACUUUCAGACCGAGCUCAUCCGCUCAGCCUUUCGUAUCUUGCAAAAUCCGAAAGCUGACCAUGGCUGCUCGUGCGGUGCGAGCUUCACAAUCAAAUUGUAGCAGAUUUAAGCAACGUCCUCAUCCGCAGAACUCCCCCGCUCGUCUCCAGUAAAAUAUAACACGUUUUAGAAAAUGACGACUUUUUAUUCGCUAGUCAAUCAAGUCAAUAAUCUCUCUGUCGUCAAUCAACUUUUGCUCGCAAUAAUAAAUUCUGCAUUGUCGAAUAAA